AUCCCCAGUUCCUCCUGGCAUCCACGGCUCCCUGCUCCCCUCAUUCCCUAUGAUCCCGGGCCCCCCAUGCCCGUUUCUCCGGGUUUCCCGGGCUACCCCGUGCCCCGGUGCUCCCUCUCCCCGGACGAUUCUCCCGUGCCCGGCCGGUGCCAGGUGUUGCCCGGUUCCCUGCUCCUCCUCCUCUCCGCCCCGUGCCGUCCCUCCUCCCCCGGGAAAGCGAAAGCGCGGCGGGCGGAAGACGAGCCCUCCCCGCCGGGCCGGGCCGGGCUGGGGCUGCACCGGGACCGCGCCGGGGCCACCAUGGCUUCCAUCGGCAACUUCUUGCGACGGAGCCUGCGGCGCGCCGGCCGCAGAGGUACCACAGGGGAAGCAGGGGGAGCGGAGCUCAGCCUUCUACUCUGCUGGACAGUUCUUCUUUGAGUACCUGGUGGUGGUGUCGCUGAAGAAGAUGCCAGAUGGACGUUAUGAACCCAAGAUAACCUACCAAUUCCCAAAGCGUGAGAACUUGCUGAAGGGCCAGAAGGAGGAGGAGGAACGUCUCCUUCAAGCCAUCCCCCUCUUCUGCUUCCCCGAUGGCAACAACUGGGCACCUAUCACUGAGUUCACCAGCGAAACCUUUUCCUUUGUCCUGACAAACGUGGAUGGCAGCAGGAAGAUUGGCUACUGCAGGCGGCUGCUGCCAUCCGGGCGUGGUGUCCGACUCCCUGAGGUUUUCUGCAUCAUCAGCUGCCUGGGCUGCUUUGGGCUCUUCUCCAAGAUCCUGGACGAGGUGGAGAAGAGGCGCCAGAUCUCCAUGGCAGUGAUCUACCCCUUCAUGCAGGGCCUCCGGGAGUCGCCCUUCCCUGCGCCAGGGAAAACUGUCACCAUCAAAAGCUUCAUCCCCGAGUCGGGCACAGAGGAAGCCAGGGCAGGAUGGGGGGUGUUGCCCCUCCUAAGCUGGGGUUCCAUGGCUCUUCCUUGGCAGCUCAUUGAGCUCACACGGCCUGUGGAUGCCCACCUGGAGCAUGUAGAGUUCCAGGCUCUGCUCCAGCGACUCAGCCCUCACCUUAUCCUGCACAUCUUCGCCUCUGCCAUGUUGGAGCGACGGCUCAUUUUCCUGGCUGAGGAACUGAGUGUCCUGUCCCAGUGUAUCCACGCUGUGGCUGCUCUCCUGUACCCCUUCACCUGGGCUCACACCUACAUCCCCGUGGUCCCUGAGUGCCUGCUGGACACUGUGUGCUGCCCCACACCCUUCAUGGUCGGCAUCCAGAUGCGGCACCUGGAGCGGGUCCUGGAGCAGCCAAUGGAGGAGGCUCUGAUAGUUGAUCUCUGUGAAGGGAAGAUCAUCCGGGCGGUGGGGGAUGAGGAGGAGAUCCUGCCUGGAAAGCUGCAGAACGAGAUGCUGAUAUCUCUGAACAGGCACAACAACAACAACAAUGAGCACAGCUCAGAGCAGGUGAACACCCUGGUGUCAGAGGCCUUCGUGCAGUUCUUUGUGCGCCUGGUGGGGCACUAUGGCUCCCACAUCAAGUGGGGCAGGAGCGGCUCCGGCAGCUUCCAGGAACGAGCCUUCUGCAAGGCCAUCGCCUCCAGGAGCUGCCGUCGGCUCGUGAAGAAGUUUGUGAAGACAAACAUGUUUUCCCUAUUUAUUGAGGAAGCGGAGAAGAGCAGGAUCCCCCAGGAAGCAUAUUUCCAGCAGAAAAUAAUAGAGUACCAUGAACAGAAGAAGCACAGAAGGGAAUCCUGAAGUCCAGCGUGGGAGAAGUGGAGCAGGACUGGGAUUGACAUAUCCCUGCCGGCAGCACCAUACUGGACUCUGUUCCUGCACCUGGAACUCCUGAGCUGCCUGGGCAGCACUGAGCACCCUUUCUUUCUCAGGGCAUCAUUGCACUGGAAAAAUCUUUGCACAGAACCAGCGCUAGGCUGGGAUUUCCCUCCUGCUCAUGGUCGCUCCAGGGACAGACUCUGACUCCCAGUGCUUGGCCCUGCAUGGUUCUUGUCCCCCCAACACCUCACACAGAGGGAGGGCAGCCAGGGCUGGCUGCAGGACACCAGGGGUUUAGAGUAAUUAUUAGAAGGGAGGAAAAAAAAGGGAUGAGUAGGAAAUAGUGUUACUUCUCAUUAAAACAAACCAGGGGUUUGCAAAUAAGGAACAUCCCAUUGCACAGUUCCUGAGGUUUUGUUAUUAACAACUGGUUUAUAUAGUUUUAAUUUAUAUUGUUUUAUUAAGCCAUUGUUGAACACCAGCAGGAGCAGGUGGCGGGGGGUGCUGUUAGUGGUUUCCUAUCUCACAGCUGCUGCAUCACUGGUGCCACAUAGAGCCAAGUUUGGCUUUCCAAGGAAACAAAAAUACUCAUUUUCAGCAGGUUAUUUGUGCUGGAGCAAACUGUGAAGGCCACAUGGCUGUGGGGUGUCAAGGGUAAACAGCUGAUCAACAGCUUCAGGAGGAAGGAUUUGUUCCAUCCCAGAGUAAAAUGUGUCACCAUCCUCCUUGGGUCUGAUUUUGGUGCCAACUUCUCUUAAAACCUUGCAAUUCCUCUCUGAUACAUGAGGCCAGCAGCAGAUUAAAGCUAAAUGAUAGCUCUUCUUUCUGAACACACUCACCUGGAAAAUAAAUAUUGCAGCAGAGAGGCUGG